GGCAGAUUCUGUUGACACGGGAAGUUCAACGAGCUACCGCUUCCACGAUUUGAGCUUGUCCUUACUGCGAUGGCACCAAAGGCUAAGAGUAAGAGUAAGAGUCCCGGGAAAAAGAAACCCGGGAAAAAGAAGUCCUCUGCGGUGGUGGUCAGUCAGUCCACAGAGAUGUCCAAGGAACAGAUGGAGGAGCUAAUUGUUCAUCUCGGUGAGGAGCUGAAGCGGGUGCGAGAGGACAAGAGGAUCUUCAAGCUGGAGAGUGAAAAGAACCAGUCAGUCUGGGAAACUUGCAGGAGAGACAUGGAGAGGGUGAAGGAUGUGCUGAGGCAAAGACACCGGGAGAGAGAGGAGUUUCAGCAGCGCCACCGAGUGGAGAUCAGUGUUUACAAGGAGAAGAUGAAGCACGUCCUGUCUGAGCAGCACAACACCGUCUCCGAGCUGAAGAUGGACACCGCCGCCUCCGCAUCACUGAUACAGAACCAGCACACCGAGUCAGAGCUGGUGCUGCGGAGCGACACAAUGCAGGCGGACGCCAGAGAGAAGACGCUUCGCAACAAAAAGUUCAUCGAGGAACUCAAACUGAAACACCAGGUCGAACUGUUGGAGAUGACAGACAACUAUGACCGGAGAAACAGAGAACUGGAGGUGAAAUUUAACGAGAAGAUGCACACGACCAUCGAGGUGGAGGAAAGGAAGAGGAAGUCAGAGGUCAAUGAGCUUGACGACAGGAUGGCCGCUCGAGUUGUGGCGCUGACGGAGGAUCACGGCCGUGCUCUCAAAGUAGCUCAGGAGUAUUACUCCAGCAUUCAGAACAAAGUGCUGGCGGACGAGAAAGUGCUGAAGGAGGAGGCAGCAGAGGCGCUGAAGCAGCUGACACGAGUGGACAAGCAGCUUUCAGUUGCUCAGCGAGAAAACAAGCAUCUGCGCGAGUCUCUGCACGAAACCCAGCAGCAGCUGCCCGAGCUCCGUGCUCAGCUGCAAGAAUACAACCAGACCAAGGCCAAGAUGGUGAAGUCCGGUGCUCGGGCUAAGGUCGCCGAGAAGGAGCUGUGGGAUCUGAAUAUCGAGCACGAGCUGCUGCGGCAGGCGUCUGAAAAGGUUCAGGAGGAGUGCGACGAGUUGCAGAGGAAGCAGACAGAGGUCAAGUUGGCGCUGCAGCAGAAGAGAGGCCUGGAGCAUCUGCGACUGGAGAUGAGGCUCGCCGCUCUGACGGAAACCGUGGAGACGAGGGAGGGUCAGCUCCGUGCCGCGCUCUCCACUGCGGCCGCCACAGACACCGAGAAAAGCCGCGCCGCAAACAUGCUUAAGGAAACGUUGGAGUCAAAACGCGUGACCAUUGCUGCGUUAGAGGAGGACCUGGAUCAGGGGCAUAUGGAGUACGAGCAGCUGCUGCAGACCUCCACCCGCAGACUCAGGGCUCUGGGCGUCCCUCUACACGACUUCCCCUUCAGGCCCGCGAAGCAGAGACCAAGAGUCAACAAGUUGUACGCAAGAGUACAGAAAACUGCACGUAGUUAAACCGUCACGUUUUAGGCAACGAGUUACGUAAAUGCCUAAAAUACACGUUUUUUUAUCUUUCUUGAAUUUCAAUUGCUGCUUUUAAGUACCGUAGGACCGUUAUAUAUCUAAUUUAGCUGCAUUGUGCAUUUAAUGUAGAAAGCUUGAGCUGGCUGCAAAAUACGACUUAAAAUCCAUUUUCAGUCACUUGAUGUAACUUUGACCAAUUGGAUUUUUAUUUCCCUCUGUUUGUGCAACAUAUCCACAUUUUCAACUUUCAAAUGCACAGUAGAAGCUUCCUAAGAGUUAGUUUUUCUCUUGUUAGCACAGGCCUGAUAUCUAUGGAAGCCCAUU